GAUGAUCUCUCUCGGCGGCGGUUGGUGACGAGUGGCUCGUGGGGGAGGGGGGGGGUGGCGAUCGGCAGAAGCACGCGGAGACAGAGACUAUGAGCGUGCAUACAAAGCGCAUCUUAACGAGAUGGGAUACGCCGCUGCCGGGACCAUGAAUCACCGCGCCGCUGAAUGAGGCCGCUGGUUGUACUGGACCGGUGAACCCUCCGUCCUCUGUCCACUCACCAUGGGGAUCGCAGAGGAGAGGGCAGUGAGAGUGAGCAUGGCGAGUGUUCUGGCCGUGGUCACGGUCUUUUCUCUGAUUCCUGGCGGCGUGCUGAGCGAUACGAGAGGCACUCAGGGUGUGGAAGCCCAACAAUUGGCCCAAGGGUCCACUCAUCUGCACCGUCGCCUGAAGAGAGGCUGGAUCUGGAAACAGCUGUUUGUCCCCGAGGAAGAUCCCACUCCUCGUGUUAUUGGCCAGCUCAAAACCGACUACGACCGAGGUGAGCUUUCCAUCAAGUACAUACUGUCGGGUGAAGGGGCCGGAGACGCGUUUGAGAUCGACGAGUAUUCCGGGGAGAUCUGGGCUCUGAAGAAGCUCGACCGGGAGGAAAAGGCUUUCUACGUCCUCCGGGCCCAGGCUAUCAACAGGAGGUCCAAUGAACCCGAGGAACCCGAGUCGGAGUUCAUCAUCAAGGUGCAGGACAUCAAUGACAAUGCCCCGCAGUUCCAGAACGAACCGUAUGUGUCCAGCAUCCCUGAGAUGUGUCCAACUGGGACCACAGUGGCCCAGGUGACGGCCACAGACGCCGACGAUCCCAUGUUCGGAAACAACGCCAAGCUCAUCUACUCCGUCCUCCAGGGGGAGCCCUACUUCUCCGUGGAGCCGAAGACGGGGACCAUCGUGACGUCGUGGCCCAACAUGGACCGCGAGGCCAGAGAGCAGUACCUGGUGGUGGUGCAGGUGGAGGACAUGCUCGGUCUCGGCGGCGGUUACUCCGCCUCCACCACCGUCACCGUCAGCCUGACGGACGUCAACGACAACGGGCCCACCUUCCAGCACCACCUCUACACCUUUUCCGUCCCCGAAAAUGCGCCGGUGGGCACCGCGGUGGGCCGGAUCAUGGCUCGGGAUGGAGACACCGGGAUCAAUGCCAGGAUGACCUACAGUCUGGAGGACCUGGAGGAGAGCUCCACCUUUAUCAUCGAAACGGACCCGGUGACGCAGGAGGGACUGGUUCUGCUCGCCAAGCCUUUGGACUACGAAACCAAAAGGCGAUUCGUCAUGGCCGCCGAGGCGGUCAACGACCACGUGGACACUCGUUUCCUGCCUCUGGACGAGUUCAGGGACAGGACGACGCUCAAGAUCAUGGUGGAGGACGUGGACGAGCCGCCCGUCUUCCUGUCGGCGCCCCACGAGUGGAAAAUCCACGAAAACGCCGCCGUGGGAACCGUGGUCGGCAGCGUCGACGCCAGAGACACCGACGCCGUCGACAACCCUGUCAGAUAUUCGAUUGACAAAAGGAGCGAUGCCGCGAAAGCUUUCAGAAUAGACCCAAACAAUGGAACUAUAACUGUCGCUAAAGCUUUGGAUCGGGAGACGGACGACUGGCACAAUGUGACCGUUGAAGCUCGGGAAACGACGCUCAACCAUUUAUCCUCCUCCGCGGUGGUGUUCGUCAAAGUGCUGGACAUAAACGACAAUGUGCCGCAGCUGGCGAGAGAUUACCGGCCGUUUAUCUGCGAGGGAACACAGGCGGGAGAACUCAUUCAGCUGCUCGGUGUCGUCGACCCCGACGACCCCGUCGGAGGACACCACUUCUACUUCUCCAUGGUCUCUGAGGAGCACAUCAAUCCAAACUUCACCAUCAGAGACAAUCAAGACAACACGGCCGGCAUCGUGGCACGCAGGAGUUCCUUCACACGCAGGGAUCGGACCCACUACCUCCUGCCCGUCGUGGUGACGGACAGCGGCUCGCCGCCGCUCUCCAGCACCAGCACGCUGACCAUCAGUGUGUGCAGCUGCCAGCCCGCUGGACACUGUCCCACAGGGGGGGUGGAGGCCCUCGCCCUGUCCAUGGGGGUCAGCAUGCGGACCUUGUUGGGGCUCCUGGUCUGCCUCGUCACACUCGCAGCGCUGUCGCUUCUCAUGCUGGCGGUGAGGAGGCACAGGCGGAAGCAGCGGGGGGGAUCGCAGGUGGAGGCGAAGGAUCUGGAGCUGCCGGAGACGGUGUCGCAGAAGGUGCUGUAUUACGGAGAGGCGGCGGGCGGCGGGCGGCGGGCCGACCGGGACUUCCGCCGCCCCGCCGUCCCAUUGCGCCGCCACCCGAGGAGGCGGGAGCGGAGGCUGCGCCGGGAGGACGUCAGGGCGAGCAUACGCAUGUCCCUCAGAGAAUCCCACCUCAUCGGGCCGGACGACGACGUCUUCCGGCAGUUCAUCCUGGACCGGCUGGCUGAGGCGGAUCAGGACGCUCACGCUCCUCCGUUCGACUGCCUGAGGACGUACGCCUACGAGGGGGCGGGGUCCCCCACGGGGUCCCUGAGCUCACUGGAGUCCUUCGCUUUGGAGCUGGAACCUGAGCAACCCGUUUGUAGUCCCAGACCCUUCGUGGUUAAACUCACCCCGUGGUGCGGGGGAGGAGAGGAAGACACCAUCUUCUGAGGUGCUCUUCUUCUUCUUCUCCUUGUUUCUCUAAUCUUACCUGUGUAUGACUAUAAUAUGACCUCUAGGCGCUGCACUUGACCCUCAGCACUUGCUCCCCGAGAAGAACCAAAUGGAGACCGAGCGAGUCCAUUUCGCCUUGUUUGUUCUUUUGUUGGUUUUUAAUUCCAAAAUGUUGCACAUUGGCACGUUUUUAGCUUUCUUUGAGACGUACUCUGCCAGGUCUCGUCUCAGCACCCCCGAAAAACAUAGAAACGUUCUGGUGAACAAACACGACUUCCACAGAAAUUCUUCACACUUGUUACUGCCAGCCUCGGCUCCUUCAGUCCUUUUAUAAGCAAACAUAAUGUUAUAUUGAUCAAGUUGUCAUAUUGCUUAUUGAUAAUGACAUACACGCUGUAUUGUCCAGAUUGUGUAAAUACAAUCAAAACCGGUUCCAGCUUGUAAACCGGUCCGGAAACAAUUGACCCAACUCGAUGAUGGACCAAUUAAAAUGAGCUUCAUGAGUGACAUGAAGUUCUACUUGAAGGAAAGCUUCAACAAUUUUAGAAAGAUCGGUUUUUUUUCUCCCUUUUCUGGCCCAGAGUGAGACGAGAUGAGUGAUACCACUCUUAUGUAGGGACGUUAAAUAUGAAGUGAUAGCAGCCUGUUAGCUUAGCAUAAAUAAACUCCUCCUUUAAGAGGCGUUGGGAUGUUCUCCUUUUCUUCUGUUUAGCUGUAGCUCCGUAUUUAUCAAAUUAAACAUGAGAUUGGCAUCUCAUUCUCAAAUUACUCUAUUACGCUAUUUCUCUCACGAUUAAAUAAAUCCAUAAUAUUAAUAAUUGCACUGAUGCCAUACGUAUUUGGUCUGUUUUUUUUUGUUCGCUCUAUUUUUAUUGUGUUUUUCCCGACAAGUGACCUUUUAUGGUUGUGCAAAUAGUGUCCGUUGGUUAAAAUCAUGUUGAGGGUACAAACAUGUGAGUUACACUCCAGAAAAUGCAGUUAGUUCAACCAAAAGUAAGUGUUUGUGUUAUGUGUGAGAUGAUGUAAGAAUAUAAGAAUUACUUUGAAGUCAGAGUCCAAUACGAGCUCUCCUUCGAGCUCUGGACUGAGAAGAGUUGCAUGGCGUCUCGGCUGGAAUCUGCAUCUGAACACAGCGACUCUGUGGAGAGCCGUCUUUGUUGGCUGGAAAACCAAAACAAUGAAUUUUAAAAAGGCCAAAGAACUCCUCAAGAUGAGAGGAAAUGCGACGUCGGUGACGAGUCGUUGUUGGUUCAUCUCGACGAGAGGCGGCUUAACACUGCACAUCCUCGCCUGAUCCAUUCUUGAUUAAAGCCGCCCUCACCGAGCACUUCAUGUAAUCAAACUUUAAUCGUAAGGUGGAUUGUUUUUAAUCUGUCACAUGGGUUGAUCUUCAGGGCAUUGACAAACAAAGAGUGCAACGAUAUGACUCGUGCUUUAGUUAUUACAUUUAUUACAGUGUGAAACUAUUACACUUAUUGUAUAAUACCUACAGUAUUGCUGACCUGUGAAAUGCACAAUUCUGAUACUAUUUGUAAUAUUUACUUCUUUUUUUUAUCAUGUUUCAUAUUUGGUAUUUUUGCUGAGAACAGUUUGUACUGUACAGUUUGUGUAUUUGUAUUUUACAUUCUGAAAUUAUAUAAAUUAACGCGUAUCUUC